AUGGAUAAACAGAUUCCCCAAGCAGUUUGCGGCCAAGAGGCUCUCAAUCUUCUCAAUUGCGCGACGGAGUCUCCUUUCGAUCAAGAGAAAUGCCUCCGAUUCUUGCAAUCACUCAGAGAAUGCGUUCUCUCCAAGAAAGUGAAGAAGUUCGUGAUACCGAGUGAUUGUGAAGACCAUGCCAGUGAGGGAGCAGCUUCAGCUACCAAGAAACCUUCAUAA